AUGAAGGCUUUACUAGCAACUGUGAUCAGUCUUGCACUUACGACUGUAGUUAUCGGCAAUGCUUAUUAUCAGAAGAAACAGUUUUAUCCUUCAAUAGUUUAUCUAACAAAUUCAAAUCCCAGCAUGGCUGUGAUGUAUUUGCAAGCUUUUAUACUAGUUUUACUAGUGGGUAAACUAUUAAGGAAGAUUUUCUUUGGCCAAUUGCGUCCAGCCGAGUUUGAGCAUUUGAUUGAACGGUCAUGGUAUGCUAUAACAGAGACAUGUUUGGCAUUUACUGUCUUCAGAGAUGACUUCAACCCAAAAUUUAUUGCGUUGUUCACUCUAUUGCUUUUCCUUAAAGCAUUCCAUUGGCUCGCUGAAGAUAGAGUUGACUAUAUGGAGAGAAGUCCAGUCAUAGGUUGGCUAUUUCAUGUUAGAAUACUGACAUUGUUGCUGCUACUAGCCAAUUGUGACUUCUAUUUCAUCCACCAUGCAUACCAGUUCACGGCUUCUAAGGGGCCCUCAGUGCAACUUGUCUUUGGAUUUGAAUACAGCAUAUUGAUUAUAAUGAUUGUUAAUAUAUUAAUCAAGUAUGUUCUUCAUGCGAUUGACUCGCGCUGGGAAGCUCCGUGGGAGAGCAAAGCCGCAGUUCUGUUGUACACAGAAUUGGCAAUAAACUUCUUAAAAGUACUGCUGUAUAUUGGCUUUGUAGCAGUUAUGGUCAGAAUCUAUACACUACCAUUGUUUGCAUUCCGACCCAUGUAUGAAACCAUGAGGAGUUUCAAAAAGGCGUACAACGAUGUAGUGCUAUCUCGACGUGCGAUCCGUAACAUGAAUACGUUGUAUCCGGACGCGACGCCCGCGGAACUCGCCGCCGCUGACAACGAGUGUAUCAUCUGUCGUGAGGAAAUGCACACUGGAGCCAAAAAAUUGCCAUGCAACCACAUAUUCCAUGCGGCUUGCCUAAGGCUAUGGUUCCAACGACAGCAAACAUGUCCCACGUGUCGGCUAAACGUUCUCCGGGCGCCCGUACCGGACACGACGGCGGCAGGAGGCGCAGCGCCCGCGCCGCGCGCACCGCUAGCCCCCAACGCCGCGCCCGCGCCGCCGCCCGCAGCCGGCCCCGUGCCGCCGCCCUUCCCCAACAUGCCGCCGCCCCCACCCAUGAUGGCGUGGGGAAUACCACCACCGCCUCCACCGCGCCCCGCCUCCCUCGCUAACCUGACUACUGCUGAACUUCAACGCAUGGAAGGAAAUGAGCGUAGAAAUAUUGAAGCUCGCCUUCAGUUGCUGCGAGAAAUCCAAGCGAUGCUGGAUGCGUCUGUGCUUCUAAUGCAGCAGUACUCGACGGUGGUGGCCAACUUACCGCAAAACAGCACUACCGUCUCUACUCAGACAGAAACUCAAAUAGAAGAGACUCGAAGAGAACCUGAAGAACCCGUGGUAAAGUCAGAGCCAGAUGUGGUGCCAACCACAUCGAGCUAUAAGUCACCCUCGCCGACACCAUCCACCAGCAAGACGUUCGCACCGUCCGUUUUAGACGGAAGCAGCUCCCAAAUGCCACAGACGGAUACACCUACUUCUAUAGAUUCUAAUAGAGACAAGACUGACGCCGAUGCCGAUGAGCUAAGAAGACGUCGGCUUCAAAAAUUCGCGAUGGACAAAUGA